CAGCUAACUUCAUCUACCAUAGAGUAAUUUUUUUCUAACUCUGAUUUCGGGAUGGAAGGGAUCGAGGACAAUGCCAAUUUCUUCUCAGAGUUAGUACAUUCGUUCGACCUGAUUUGAGAUUUGUUGUUUUGACUUUUUAGAGCUCUAAUAUCGCUUUGUUUUGAGUUUCAAGAAGCAAUGGAUAAUCGAGUAAGGGUCAGGGAAUAGAUUAUUUAUCUUGGUAUGACGACCGACGUGACGGUAAUUAGCGGAGGUCUAUUGGCAUAUGCAGAAUCACGAUCAGACACUGGCAAUCCUAUUGAGGAGUGCCCAAAAAAGAGAGUUCUGGUGCUUGGAACAGGAUGGGCCGGUAUCAGUUUCCUCAAGGAUCUGGAUGCUUCAAUAUAUGAUGUUCAGGUUGUUUCGCCUCAGAAUUAUUUCUCAUUUACUCCUUUGUUACCUAGUGUUACAUGUGGAACAGUUGAAGCACGGAGCAUUGUCGAACCAGUUCGAAACAUCGUGAAGAAGAGAAAAGGUGAAAUUAAAUUCUGGGAAGCUGAAUGCAUUAAGAUUGAUGCUGCAAACAAAAAGGUUUUCUGCCGGUCUAAUGUUGACAAUAACUUGGUUGGAAAUAGGGAGUUCGAUUUAGAAUAUGACUAUUUGGUAAUAGCAAUGGGAGCACAAGUAAAUACUUUUAAUACGCCUGGUGUCAAGGAGAACUGUCAUUUUCUCAAGGAAGUGGAAGAUGCUCUGAAGAUCCGCAGAAGUGUUAUAGAUUGCUUUGAAAUGGCUGUUAUUCCCAGUCUUAGUGACGAAGAGAGAAGGGAAAAUCUUCAUUUCGUUAUUGUUGGAGGGGGUCCCACUGGGAUUGAAUUUGCUGCAGAGCUUAAUGACUUUUUGGAAGAAGAUUUAGUUAAUCUAUAUCCUACGGUUAAAGAUCUGGUGAAAAUUUCAGUGAUUCAAUCAGGAGAUCACAUCUUGAAUGCGUUUGAUGAAAGAAUUAGUUCAUUUGCGGAACAAAAGUUCCAAAGAGAUGGUAUCGAUGUGUACACAGGAUGUCGGGUUGUCAGUGUAUCUGAUAAGGACAUUAAGAUGAAGGUGAAAUCAACUGGAGAAUUCUGUUCAAUACCGCAUGGACUAAUUGUGUGGUCUACGGGCAUCAUGACUCGUCCUGUUGUGAAGGAUUUCAUGGAGCAGAUUGGCCAGGGCAAGAGACGUAUUCUAGCUACUGAUGAAUGGCUUCAAGUGAAGGGCACUCAGAAUGUGUAUGCCAUUGGUGAUUGUGCUACAAUUGACCAACGCAAAAUUAUGGAAGAUAUCUCCACCAUAUUUAAAGCUGCAGAUAAAGAUGAUUCUGGAACCUUGACAGUUAAAGAAUUUCAAGAUGUUAUAGAUGAUAUCCUCAUAAGGUAUCCUCAAGUGGAAAUAUAUUUGAGGAGCAAACAUCUACGCGAUGUUAAAGAUCUGUUGAAAGAUUCUCAGGGGCAUGAGAACGGUGUAGAUAUUGAAGGAUUUAAGUCAGCUCUUUCUCACGCUGACUCGCAGAUGAAAAGUCUUCCUGCUACUGCACAGGUUGCUGCCCAGCAGGGUGCGUAUCUUUCCAGGUGCUUCAACCGCAGGGAGCAUUGCACUGAGAAUCCUGAAGGCCCACGACAGUUUAAGAGUUCUGGACGUCAUCUAUUUCUUCCCUUUCGGUACAAGCACUUGGGACAGUUCGCUCCUUUAGGAGGAGAACAAGCUGCUGCAGAACUCCCUGGAGACUUGGUUUCCAUGGGUCGCAGCACUCAGUGGCUCUGGUAUUCUGUAUAUGCAAGCAAGCAGGUCAGCUGGCGCACAAGGUUUCUAGUAGUAUCAGACUGGACAAGAAAGUUUAUCUUCGGGAGAGACUCAAGCCGCAUCUGAAACUAACCACCAUUUAAAGGGCUUCAACAUAUCUUCAAGUUCAAGGCUUUUGAACAAUCACUUCUGCGUGUUCGCUCGAUCUUCGGUGGCCCUCACUAUUUUAACUCUACGCCUGAUUUCCAUGCUUGGUUUCAACGUAAUUGUUCAGUUUUUUCUUUUUGAACAAAAAUAACUUUUUAUUGAUAAAAAGUUGUAAUUGUUCAUUAGCAGAUGGCAAAGGAAAUAACAGUUCGUAUUGGUACAAAAUGUUAUUUAGCUUCACGUUUCAAUUGCUGAGUGGCUCAAUGAAAGAUAAUUUUUUAAGAUAUUUUCACCAGUGAAGCGAGUAACAGCAACGCCCUUUCAGAAGAUGCCGUGUAGCCAUGGAUGUUAGAUUUCAAGCUAACCCUUCACAAUAAGUUGCAGGUUCUUCUCAGGCUCUUAACUCUGAACCAUUAUU